GCAUUUAAUAAUGUAAAACUUAAAAGCUUUGCGCAUUAAUAAAUAGUUUAUUGCAUUGUCAUCUAUGAAUACUCAAGUGCUGUUCAGGCUCAGCAGGUCAGUUCUGGAGCUUUGUUAACCAUUUCUUUAAUUGCAAUUGCUCAGUAAAGUGUGUCCAGGGAAAAUGUGUAUAUAUACAGACAUUCAUAGAACAUUCUUUGCUGUUUAUAAUAAUGUUCUCAAAAUGUUAGCAAUGUUGUCAUUUGUUACUACUUGUUUCAGAAUAACGUUCAAAAGUAACAUUUUCAUAAUGUUUGCAAGAUGAUACAAUGGAAUGUUCCCCUAAUAUUCACACAAGAAAAAAAAGUAUUUACUUUUUUUGGAAAAACUGUUUUGUGGUCCGUCUACUGAUUAACAUAUUUGCAUUAAUGCAUGAUGACAUAAAUUAGUAAAAAAACAAAACAAAACAAAAAAAAAAAAACAUUCAGAAAUGUUUUUUACAUCUCAAUUGGAACGUUAGCAAAACGUUCUUAGAAUAUAUUCUUGUUAGCUGGUCAAACGAUUGUUUGGAGUGGCAUAUUGUGUCCACUAAGUGUCUCACAUUUGCCCUGUGGAUUAACAGUAGUGUGUGUGUGUGUGUGUGUGUGUGUGUGUGUGUGUGUGUGUGUGUGUGUGUGUGUGUGUGUGUGUGUGUGUGUGUGUGUGUGUGUGUGUGUGUGAGAGAGAGAGAGAGAGAGCACGCGGCUCUUCACUCCUGCAGAUUUACUCUAAUCUCAUUUCAGCACCUCGGACAGUGACUUGUUCAUCAAACCACAGCGGUUCUGAACUACUUCAGCUGUUUCUCUCACUCUGUAAAGCGUUUGCUUGAUGCAAUUCACUAAAUAAAGUUGUUUAGACUCACUAAUGCCGAUUUCAUUGUCUCUAUUGCAUAUUUUCUAUAAAUCGAUCGACUGGUAAUCCUUGGGGAAUGCUAUUCCUGGAGUAGCGUUUGUUAAACAGUUGACGUUUGUGUGUGUGUGUGUGUGUGUGUGUCUGUGAGAGUAUUAGUGUGUGUGUGGGUGGAACGGGGAGGCUGAGUGCGAGUGUGUGCGCGUGCAGGAGAGCGGGAUCGCGCAGAGAUGGAGGUCCGACCCGAGCGCUUUAAAGCAGCAGCGGCGAAAACACUUGGCAGGAUAAACCGGGUUCUGGAGAAGCGUCAGGAGAAUGGAGAGACGAUCGAGUUGUCAGCAGAAGGUCGUCCAGAGCUGCGGGAGGAGAAGGAGCUUCCCGUGGUGGACUGUACGUGUUUCGGUCUGCCGCGCCGCUACAUCAUCGCCAUAUUAUCAGGCCUGGGCUUCUGCAUCUCCUUCGGCAUCCGCUGUAAUCUAGGAGUAGCCGUCGUGAGCAUGGUGAACAACCACACCGUCUAUAGAGAAGGCAAGCCGUACACUGUGAAAGCUCAGUUCACCUGGGACCCAGAGACUGUAGGAAUGAUCCAUGGCUCGUUUUUUUGGGGAUAUAUAGUCACUCAGAUUCCUGGAGGAUUCAUCUGUCAGAAAUUCGCUGCUAACAGGGUUUUUGGCUUCGCUGUCGUGGCCACAUCUGUCUUAAAUAUGAUGAUUCCCACAGCAGCACGGAUAAACUUCGGCUGUGUGAUUUUUAUCAGGAUACUACAGGGACUGGUGGAGGGCGUAUCUUACCCAGCAUGCCACGGGAUCUGGGCCAAAUGGGCCCCGCCCCUCGAGAGAAGCCGAUUGGCCACAACAGCGUUCUGUGGCUCGUACGCAGGAGCUGUGAUAGCGAUGCCGUUAGCUGGAGUUCUGGUGCAGUACUCAGGCUGGUCCUCGGUCUUCUACGUGUACGGAAGUUUUGGGGUCUGCUGGUAUUUGUUCUGGAUCCUGGUGUCGUAUGAGAGUCCGGCGGCUCAUCCCACCAUCACCCCGGAGGAGAGGAAAUACAUCGAAGAUGCCAUCGGGGAAUCUGCCGGACUGAUGAACCCGCUGACGAAGUUCAACACUCCUUGGCGUCAGUUCUUCACAUCCAUGCCCGUCUACGCCAUCAUCGUGGCCAAUUUCUGCAGGAGCUGGACGUUUUACCUGCUGCUCAUCAGUCAGCCGGCGUAUUUCGAAGAGGUGUUCAAGUUUGAGAUCAGCAAGGUGGGAAUCCUCUCGGCUCUUCCUCAUCUGGUGAUGACCAUCAUCGUGCCGAUCGGAGGACAGCUGGCCGACUAUCUGAGGAGUCACAACAUCAUGACCACCACAAACGUCAGGAAACUCAUGAACUGUGGAGGUUUCGGGAUGGAGGCCACGUUUCUUCUAGUGGUGGGUUUCUCUCACAGUAAGGGCGUCGCCAUCUCCUUUCUGGUCCUUGCUGUCGGAUUUAGUGGUUUUGCCAUCUCAGGGUUCAAUGUCAAUCACCUGGACAUCGCUCCACGUUACGCCAGUAUCCUGAUGGGCAUCUCUAACGGUGUCGGGACGCUCUCUGGCAUGGUGUGUCCUCUGAUCGUUGGUGCCAUGACCCGGAACAAGACGCGGGAGGAUUGGCAGUACGUGUUUCUCAUUGCAUCACUUGUUCAUUAUGGUGGAGUUAUCUUCUACGGUAUCUUUGCGUCCGGUGAGAAGCAGUCGUGGGCGGAGCCAGAGAACAUGAGCGAGGAGAAAUGUGGGAUUUUAGGAGAAGACGAGCUGGCGAAUGAAACGGAAGAGCUGUACCACUCAGUGGGCGGCGGCUACGGAGCAACCAUCCAAUCAGGUGACCCCAAUGGGGCGGGGCCUGGAGGGGGCGGAGCUGGUGGAAGCUGGGCCUCAGACUGGGACAAAACGGAGGAAUACGUCCAACCUGUGGGAACGAACAGCUUCCUGUAUGGAGAAGAGGGCAAUGAGCCAAUGAUUGUGAGGCUCAGAGAUCAAGAGUAAAGCUGGAUGGGAACAGGACGGGGGGAAACAAGGACUGAAUAUUCCUCCCCUACACAAACUGACUGGGAUGGAAGAAGUGGUUCUGACCCAAACUAGAAAAAAUUACAUAAUUAACCUCAAAUCAUUAUCUGAAGUGUGUGUCGGAGUGUGUAUGUGUCUGUUUUGAGUGCAUGGAAACGAAUGUUUGAACUUACCAAAAAUAAUUUUACUCCUACUAAAGUAUAAUUCCAAUUGAAAAAGAAAACAAAAGCAGAUUUAUGGAGUUGAUCUCGUGUCGUGCCAAUACUGUGAGGUGUGUGUAGUAUUGGUCCAUUUUCAGUGAGAAUCUCAUAUAUAAAUACACAUUUAAAGAGCAAUAUCAACUAUUUGGAUGAGCUUAUAGAAGCACUGACAUACUUCGUUCUAUUAUUAUACUUCAUUAUUCAUUCUGUAUAAGUAUCUGUGGCACUUUGGAUAAAAGGGUGGAUCUCAUGACAAAAAUGUAAAUUCCUUCCCCGUAAUUAACCAAAAAUGAUCUGAAAUUAAAUUUUGCACGAAGAAAGUUCA